AUGGAAGCUGAAGGUGGAGGAUUCUAUGUACAACCGAUUGCAUGUAAACAUUUAUUAGAUUCAGAUUUACGUGAGGAAGCAUUGGAUAUCGGAGUAUUUGAUGGUGCUGAUUGUAUAAUCCUACAGUUAUUAAUUUCAUUCAAUGUUUAUUAUCUAUUUGAUGACGACGACGACGAUUUAGUUUCGAGAAUUGCAUGUGGAAAGUGUGAUGAUGAAUCAGAGAAUUGGGUUUGUUUGAAGUGUAGAGCCAUUGGAUGUUCUAGAUACGUACAAUCACAUGCAUCUGAUCACUUUGACACUUGUGGACAUCCUAUUUCCGCAUCAUUCUCUGAUCAUAGUGUUUGGUGUUAUCUUUGUCAAGAGUACUUAGAACAUUAUACACUUGCACCAUUCUUGGAUAUUUUAAAUACAAUCAAAUUCUUCAAGGAGAAAGAAGAGAAGAAGAUUGAACCAGCAGCAGUAGCACAAUCAACAACAACCAUAAUAUCGAAGGAACAAGAACAAACAAUUGGAGAGGAUGGUACAACUAUUACCUCUACAACAUCUACUACUACAACCACCACAACAACAUCGAAUGUUGGUAGUGGUAGUAGCAGUAGUACAACUUUUAUUUCAUCGUCGUCGUCGUCUACUACAUACACAGCAGAGAAAGAUUUGGCACAUGAUUUCGAAUCGAGUGAAUCUGAGGACGAGUCACUGAGCGACCAAAAGAGUGGAUUGCUUCAGAAGAUGUUGGGUCUCUUCAUUGGCAACAACAAGUCAGCACAAGCGUUGGACGGUGAGUGCAAUCUCAAGAGCAUUGCCAACUACAUCAAGUCUGGCAAAGCAAAGAAUAUCAUUGUGCUGACCGGUGCCGGUAUUAGUGUUGCCGCCGGUAUUCCCGAUUUUAGAUCACCAAAGACCGGACUCUAUCACAACCUCGCCAAAUUCAACCUUCCCUACAAGACCGCUAUCUUUGACUUGGAGUAUUUCGUCGAGAAUCCAAAACCAUUCUUUGUUCUUGCAAAAGAACUCUAUCCAGGUGGAUUCAACCCAACAGAAGUACAUCACUUUAUUAAAUUAUUACACGAGAAAGGAUUAUUAUUGAGAAACUAUACACAAAACAUCGAUACAUUGGAGAGAGUCGCUGGCAUUCCAGAAACAUCUUUGGUUGAAGCACACGGUACUUUUGCAACUGCCAAAUGUUUGAAAUGUAGAAAAUCAUAUACUUGCGAAUAUGUUAGAGAAAUUAUUUUUAGAGAUGAAUUACCAGUUUGUGAAUGUUCGGGUAUAAUUAAACCUGAUAUUGUAUUCUUUGGUGAAGCACUCCCAUCUAGAUUCCACGAUUUGGUGAGAGAGGAUUUCCCCAAGUGUGACCUCUUGUUGGUACUCGGUACUUCGCUCCAAGUACAACCGUUUGCAUCGUUGGUAUCGUUGGCGCCACAAGGUAUUCCAAGAUGUCUCAUCAACCUUGAGGAGGUCGGUGCCAAUCCAUACGGUGGAUUCAAAUUCGGAGAUGCCAAUAACAAGACCGAUGUCAAGUGGAUCGGUGAUUGUCAAGAGGGUAUCAUUGAACUUGCUCAAUUAUUAGGUUGGAAAGAGGAACUUUUAGAAUCAAUGAAAAAGAAAAUAUAA